AUGACGUCACGUCUCUUACCUCGCUCACUUUCGAUGACGUCGAUUCGGACAAUGUACGAAAAUCCCUAUGUGAAACGAUUCAAAGCAAAGACAAAAGUAUCACCAGAUUAUCACAAACAGAGCACCGGGUUGACGGGCCUUUUUGUUGAAGAGCACCCACAUCGCGCUCUUUCUGUGGUUUAUGGAAGACUGCUUCGAGCACUCGAGAAAUUGCCCAAGGAUUACGCCUACAGAAAAUAUACGGAGCAAGUGGUUCGACAUCGUUUAAAUCUUGUGCAGACGGAGACUGACGUUCUUCAACUUGAGCAAAAAAUUGGAAUGGGGCAAGUCGAAGAAGUCCUUCAACAGGCACAAUUCGAGUUGGAAACAACUCGAGCACUUUUU